GCUACCCGGUUACGACUUCUUCGGCCGUUAAAACCUGCUUGUCUCGCCCCGGCUCGAAGUUCGUAUUUGUCUACUUGCUUUUUCAAAGUCAAGCUUCUACACUCGUUCCAAUUGGCGAGCUGUUCGAGACAUCUCAGCGACCAUGGCAGCGGACUCGUACACCCUGGGCAUUGCCCUCUUCGCCGCGAUAGGAACAUUUCUCUUCGGUUUUGAUACUGGUAUCGCAACAACUACUAUUGCCCAUCAAUCGUUCCUCGACUACAUGCACAAUCCCACCAAAGCAAUCACUGGAGCCGUGGUCGCAGUUUAUAUUGCUGGCGAGGCGGGGGGUGCAAUAUUGCAAACGCUUAUCGGUGACCAAUUGGGACGCAUUCGAUUCAUGCAACUUAUGUGUGUCAUCGUCACAAUAGGUACCGUCAUACAAACAGCUAGUAUCAAUAUGGGCAUGUUUCUAGCUGGUCGCGUUCUGGCGGGAUUCGCAGUCGGGGGCCUAGUCUCAACAGUGCCUAUAUAUUUGAGCGAAAUCUCCGCGCCUCAGACACGAGGAAUGAUAGGCGGGAUCUCUGGGUGUGGCAUCUCUUUUGGCACCAUGAUGUCAAACUGGGUGGGUUUCGCCUGUAGUUAUGCUCCAUAUGGACCACAACAGUGGCGUCUGCCUCUGGGCAUCCAGAUUCCAUGGGGUAUCAUAAUGUUCGUUGGGCUCGCAACGUUCAUGCCCAACUCACCCCGUCAGCUCAUCCGGCAGGGCAAGGUCGAGUUAGCACGUUCGCAAUUCGCUCGUAUACGACGUGACCUCUCUUUGCACGAGCUGAACGAGGAAUUUGCCCUGAUGCACGCUCAGAUUGAGUAUGAAAUGGAGCGCGAGAUCACCUCAUAUCUUGAGGUGUUCAGACUCUAUCGUCACAGAGCAUUGGUUUCUAUUGCGGUUCAGACGAUGACCAGCUUGACAGGAGUCAAUGUUAUUCAGUACUUCCAGACCAUCAACUACAAGUCACUUGGCAUCGAAGCGCACAUGAUCUUGGCUCUGGCCGCUAUCUACGGCACGUGCGCCUUUGUAUCCAAUGCCAUCACGACGAGGUAUUUGACCGACCAGUGGGGCCGUCGGAAGAUGAUACUCUGGGGCCUUGGAGGAAUCGUCGUCAUCGAAAUAUACGCUGCAGUCAUGCAGCGCGAAUUCCAGGAUACGAAUAAUCGCCUCGGCAAAGGUUUUGCCAUUCUCGGCAUCUACCUCUUCGUGGUCUGGUACUAUGGCCUUCUGAAUAGCACUACAUGGCUAUAUGGCUCGGAGGUGCUCCCAAUGGCUCUCAGGAGCAAGAUCAUGGGUUGCGCAGCAGCCAGCCAUUUUAUCGUUAAUGUUGCCAUCACUGAGGCUGCACCGACAGCACAGGCGAAGCUGAGAGAGAACUAUUACUAUGUGUUCGUGGGCUGCUCAUUCUUCUUCUUCAUAGUGGCAUACUUCUACUUUCCAGAGACGCGGUUAAAGAGCCUUGAAGAAAUUGCUGCCGCGUUCGGCGAUGAGGUGGUUCUGGUUGAUGAACAUACAGUGGAAGCAGAACACCAGAAAAUGGUAGACGAAAGACGCGAGGAGGGAUUCGUUGAGCGUACGCCAUAGGCUCACACCUAGAUAUCCGAGCUCAUAGCCAACAAUCUCAUACCAGUAAAGUGGGC